UUCACACAUGCGCAGAGCUCAGCAUGUGACCCACACCAUGUUUACAUAAUUGUGAGAUCGGCAUAGACUCUAUAAACGAUUUUGCUGAAAUCUUACACUAGAAUGACACCAAGAUAGUGUAACAACAUCCUACAACAUGGCCGACAAUUUACCGCAAGAGCUUAUAGCUCACAUCUUUAACUUCCUCUGCUAUGCUGAUCGGGAGGAGGCUUCUGUGGUCUGUCAAGACUGGUUCCAAGCCUCCUUAGAUCCUGCACUCCACAGGAACACGCAGAUCACCCUGAGAGCAUCAUCUUCAGCGGGAAAACAUCUUCAGGACCUUGGACAAAGAAAGAGUCCAAAGCUAGUCAUCACCUAUGUGGAAGGAUCCAAUGCAGACUUUCUCCUGAAAGAAGUUGGUCGGCACCUUGGUCCGCAUCUCCAGUAUCUAUGCCUCAAAGGAUGUGACCUUACACAGAAGAUGUUCCUAGGCAUCCUUGCCCACUGCGACAACCUGGUGUCACUUGAUCUGAGCUGCUGCAACAGUAUGUUCAUGUCUGGUACCCUUCUGCAGAAGGAGGAAGAUAAACGGGUGGCCCUCCAGGCUUUCAGGAAGUUAAAGAAGUUGUCUUUAGGAUCAAUCAGGUACUUGUCUGAUGCACUUUUCAACCUGUUUGUAGCCACUACUCCUCAACUAGAAGACUUGUCUCUUGCGGGAUGCAACAUAGCAUUUCAGACGGACCCCUACCGCAACAGAGAUAUGGGAAAGGACUCGGUCACUGUACUUACUUUCUCCAAUCUCCUAGCAUUUGUGAAGAGGUCCGCAUCAACUCUGACCUCUUUGGACCUUAGUCUGACUACAGUAACCAGUGAGGCGUUGACAUCCCUAGCCAACGUACCAAAUCUCAAACUGAAGCGAAUUGUUUUGGUGAGGUGUACCCAUCUGACAGAUGAGGGUGUGAAGAAUCUUGCACAUCUUCAGCCAAGCUUAAAGGAAGUAAUCCUGGCAUCAUGUCCAUCUGUAGGAAACGUUGCUAUCAACGCCAUCACGCAGAAUCUCGGGAGCUUGGAGAAACUGAAUCUAAACAAACUCAAGUCCAUUCCUCAGGAUACCUUUGAGCAGCUGACGUCAAACCUGACCAAGUUGACCCAUCUAAGCUUGGCAAGUAACCUCAAUCUAAAAGGCGCUCAGAUGCUGAAGGGAUUAAAGGGUGCUUCCUUCUCACAUUUGAGAUCUCUGAAUCUUCAAGGUUGUCCUCAGGUGGAUGAUGAUGUGGUCUUCUGCAUCUGUGAUGCUACACCAGAUCUUGAGGAACUCAAUCUCAGCUCAUCUCAUGCCAUGACAGACCUCAGCGUUCAUCGCAUCUCGGCCAAGCUCCACUGCCUGAGACGGCUCAACCUCAGCUGGUGUCAGCGAAUCACCGACUUUGGUCUCCUUGGACUGGACAAAGAUUGUCCAGUUAUCUCUCCUCCUGAUGAAUCCUCUAAGCACAGCAGUGACCGCUACACUCGCAGUCACAGCAACAUGGGCUUCUUCAGGCCAGCAAAAUUCGAAGAGGUCAUCUUGACCGUGCCAGAAGAUGAGAUGCAGGAAUACCUCAAAUCUACAUCAAGAGUAGCAAUCAACGCCAUCAAGACUCUGGAGUAUCUCAACCUGGCAGCUUGCCAUCAUCUGACAGACCUAUGCAUUCAGGAGAGCAUAUCCUUCCCUCGCUUGCAAACCCUGGAUCUGCGCAUGUGCCGGAAUGUCACCGACAAAAGCCUCGAGUCCAUCGCAAAGAAGAACCCCCACCUACGGGAUCUGACGAUCAGUGAAUGCAACCAGAUUACAGAUGUAGGUGUGAUAGCCAUAGCUGAGGGGUCGUCUCGUCUCUCAUCUCUCACCAUUCCUCGAUGUCUCAUCACUGAGAAGAGCUUGGAUGCCCUCGCCAUGCACUGUAGGCACCUCAAGUUCUUGGACGUAUCUCAGUGUAAUGUUCCCAUCGCUGCUGUAGAUAAGAUGUCUAGCAAGCUGCCUUGUCUCCAAACCGUCAUCACAUCGUACUUAGACGGCAACCUAUCUACAAUGUACCAACCAGAAUUCUUCUGAGAAAAUCACAAUGUAUUCUAAGAAAUAUGUGUGUUACAUGCAAUCUACAAUAUUCUCUAUCGUGGCAUCUCUUUUUCUAUUAUUUUGUAGUAUGAUGUACAGUAUGCCUCAUUUGGAGCCAGACAGAACUUGUACAUGAAUACAGUUCAACAUGUUUUGGGGGAAUUUCUUUAAAAAAAAUAAAACCAAAAUGUGAUAUCAGUAAGAUGAUCAAGAGAAGCAAUUACCAAGGAAAGUAUUUGUUUGCCAAUUGGACAUUAACAAAAACAUAAAGAAGCAACUCAUUCCAAUCCAGUUUUGUAUCAUUCCAUUUUCAAUCUGACUUUGAAUUCUGCACAGUGUAAUAACCUCGAAACAAGUGCCAUAGUCUUUGGUGUUAUAUCAGUGAUAUAACCAUUUUGGCAGUUUGUGUGAUAUGACACAGUUACAUACCAGUACUGGUUGCGUGUACCUGUUGACUACUGAAUUCUCGCAUUGCCAUAGGCUUAAUACAGGGGCCACACAGUUCCAUAAGACAAUGGGUUAACAAAGCAACGUGUGGUAAUAAA